AUGAGCCAUAAAUAUCAGGGAGAGGCAAUGGGGGAAGCAGGUGAGGAGCACAAGGCGGCCUCAGUGCCUCAGAGGAGCCGUCAACCCAAUGGGACGACACCCGGGGAACCUCCUGUACGUCGAUCCUGGAGGCCAUGUCAGAUGCUCAACCAGGAUGGGGAACCGAACCCUCAUCAUCAUCACCAUCAUCACCAUCACCAUCCUCCUCACCACCACCACCCACCCACAAGUCGUGGGCCCCCACGGCAUCGCCGACGGCCUACAUCAGGACAAGGGCAGGGCCAAAGCCAGGCUCAGAGUCCUGGUUUUGUCCCGGAGGUGGCUCCUUCUAAUGAAAGUCGUGACAAUGAGCCUCGCGCUGUACAGCUACCCCGCCCUGCUGUCGCCCGUUACCGUCGUCAUGGUGACCCUAACCCCAGGUUCAGAGGUCACAGACAGAGGCAGCCAAUCAGAGAGAAACAGGACUCUUCACCUGAUGCAGACAAGAAAGAAGGUCCAGCAUAUGAGCAGGUGCAGGAAAGCCUACCAGAAAAUCCUCUAAAGAACCAGUUGCAGGACAGGGGAUCUCCUCACCAGACUCCCAUCGCUGUUGUCACUCCCACCCACCUCUCACUAGGUCCAGAAACUUCUAACAUGCAAGGAACUCCUCCUGCUGAGAUGGAGGAGGACCUCCAAGAGUGUCAAGUAGAGUGUGAAGAGGAGUCACAGGAAGUUGAGGAGAAGGAUGAAGAACAAGAACAGGCAGAGGACGAUGGAGACCAGCAAUCAACCCCAGGUCACUCCAGCUGCAGCCAUGACAACAUGCAGACAGUUGAUGAAGGAGCAGAGGAACAUGCUGAGAGGGUGGAGGAGGAUCAGGAAGAAGGAAUGGAUGAUGUAGUGGAGGACAUUGCAGCUCAGGGAAGUGAAAUUACUGAUCUCUGCUCUGACACAGAGAGUGCUGCUUCGCUCAGUAUGGACGGACCUCUCCACAGUCCGCCACCGCUCCACUCACCAACUCCUCCUUCCUCCCCUGAUGCUCCACCUUUCCCCCAGCUGGACCACUUCAGUGAGGACAACAGUAUGAGCCCUCUGCCUGACCAUGACCUGAUACCUGAAGAAGAGGAGGAAGAAGAAGAAGACGAAGAGGAAGAAGAUGAUGAGGAUUGCUCGGAAUCAUGCUCACUGUCCCACUCCACUUCCUGCUCUGAAUCUUAUCCAAAAACCUAUGCAGACUUUUAUACAGAGUCCCACCAAAAGUCUUACUCUGAGCCGGACUUCGAGUCGUACUCUGAGCCAAUAUCCCAUCCUAACUCUUUUCCUGAGCCCCUUAAGACCUCCUACCCUGAGUUACACAGAGAACCUCGCAGGCGUUGUGGUUGGAGGACUGAGUCCGAUGAGGCGCAGCAGGAGUCCUACCAAGAGCCCCUUUCCAGCCAUAGACAGGAGAAUGUACUAAAAGGGGCUCCGAAUCCCUCCAUCAAGGGCUCCCAUCAUGCCCCAAGGCAGGGCAGAGACCGCAGUUCACAUCACUCCCCUCUGGACCGCUCUGUUGGCUGCCGGCUGCACCACUAUGACGGUCAGUCUGAUGGAGAGGGGAACAGCGCCAAUCAAAGCCCCAUUCCUAAAAGUCGUAGGCAUGCUUCCAAACAAGCGGAAACCCAGGCUAGGAGCCCCUCGUCUGGGCAGAGCAGCUCCGGUGAGGCCCAGGAUGAGCGAAACAUGUUGGGUGUCACAGCUGGUGAGGAAGGUACGAAGGGCUCAGGAGAUGCCAUCAGCCUGGCGAUUAAAGACAUCAAGGAGGCAAUUGAGGAGGUUAAGACGAAGACAAUACGUUCCCCCUACACACCUGACCAGCCUGUGGAACCGAUUUGGGUGAUGAGGCAGGAGGCCAGCCCCACAGAAGAUGUAUACCCACUGCAGCCAUCGUCCUCUCCUCAGUCCCCCUCUCAAUCAGUGUCCGAGUCUCCGUCCCGAUACGCUCCAGUUCCAGUGCGGGAGCCAGUUAGUCCUCAGAAAGCCGAAUCAUCCAGAGCCCUUCCUCCCCAACAUUAUCACCAACAGCAACCCCAGCACAAUCAUCAUCACCACAAAGGCCACCAGUCACAGCAGCAGCAGAGGGAGACUGUGAGGCCACCACAGACGUACACGCAGCCGCAGACGUAUGCACAGCCGCAGACAUACGCGCAGCCGCAACCUUACGCGCACAUGCCUCCCAAUCAGCAUCAGCAUCAACAACGUCAACAACAACGUCAACAUCAACAGCACCAUCAACAGCACCAUCAACAGCAUCAUCAACAGCAUCAUCAACCGCAUCCGCAGCUUCCACCUCAACAGCCGCGGCCACAAGUACAGCCACAGUCGCCCCCAAAGCAGCCGUCUAUCCAGGAGAUUCGCAGAUCUCUUCCCCCAUUUCCCACAUUUGUGGACGUCCCAGGACCAUGUGACCCCGAAGACCUCAUCGAUGGGAUCAUCUUUGCAGCGACUUACCUGGGCUGCACCCACCUGCUGUCAGAGAGGACGCCCACAAAGAGCGCCCGCAUGCAGCAGGCACAGGAGGCCAUGAGCAGAGUCCGGGCUGCUCAGAAACAGGCGAAGAACAGGAAAAAGAGCCCCGACGGUGAGGGUCCGUCGACCGCCGAGGUGGAUCUGUUCAUGUCCACGCAGAGGAUCAAAGUCCUCAAUGCAGACACUCAGGAGUCUAUAAUGGACCUGCCAUUGAGGACGAUCUCCUACAUAGCAGACAUCGGUAACAUGGUGGUGCUGAUGGCCCGGGGGAAGAUGGUCCGAUCCCGCAGCGCACAGGACAAUUUGGACAACACCGCCGAGCACACCACCAUGACCCACGACGACAGGCGGCUGUACAGGAUGAUCUGCCACGUCUUCGAGUCUGAAGAUGCCCAGCUGAUAGCUCAGUCCAUAGGUCAGUCUUUCAGCGUCGCCUACCAGGAGUUCCUCAGGGCCAAUGGCAUCGACCCCGAGGACCUGAGCCAGAGGGAGUACAGCGACCUGCUCAACACUCAGGACAUGUACAACGACGACCUCAUCCACUUCUCCAAGUCAGAGAACUGCAGAGAUGUUUACAUUGAGAAGCAGAAGGGGGAGAUCCUGGGUGUGGUGAUAGUGGAGUCUGGCUGGGGCUCCAUCCUCCCCACCGUCAUCAUCGCCAGCAUGAUGCACGCCGGUCCGGCUGAGAAGUCCGGUCGACUCAACAUCGGAGACCAGAUCAUGACCAUCAAUGGGACGAGCCUGGUGGGUCUACCGCUCAGCACCUGUCAGAGCAUCAUCAAGGGUCUAAAGUCUCAGUCCAGGAUCAAGAUGAACAUCGUCAGGUGCCCACCCGUCACCAUGGUGCUCAUCCGCAGGCCGGACCUCAGAUACCAGCUGGGCUUCAGUGUCCAGAACGGCAUUAUCUGCAGCCUGAUGAGGGGGGGCAUCGCUGAGAGAGGAGGCGUCCGUGUCGGUCACCGCAUCAUUGAGAUCAACAGCCAGAGCGUCGUAGCGACGCCUCACGAGAAGAUCGUUCAGAUCUUGUCCAACGCCAUGGGAGAGAUCCACAUGAAGACGAUGCCUGCAGCCAUGUACCGUCUGCUAACAGCACAGGAGCAACCUGUCUACAUCUGA